AUUUUCAGUUUUCGAUAAGCGCUCAACGUACAAACAAGCAAAGUUAGAUUGCGGGCGGAUCGUUUACGAUUUUUUCUGUUUCUGUGUGAGCUUGCUGAGCUUAUCUUGUAGAGACCGAGUCCUGAUAUUUCUCCACACACGAGUUCUACUCUGCUUACGCAAGGUUGGUGUUUUCAUUUGAGAAAAGAGUAAGAAAGAAGGCAGUUGAGCGAAGAAGUCGCCAAGAAGAAUCGGAAGCAGAAAGCCAGAAUUUUGUUGUCACAAGUUGAAGUAUAAAUAACAUCUUAAGCCGAGCGGUAGUUCUGGUGUGGUCGCGGAUACGUUCAUCGCAGUUCAUUCCCAGUGCUUAACAGUAGAUCUCGUUCGUUGCCAGUCGCCAUAGGAUCGCACUCUUGCUCUAGUAUUUGCUGCUUCUGCAAGUUUUGCUUCAAGCCCGGUAAAAGUGCAAGCGCAUUUCGGUAGUCGUUUGCCUUACGUAAAAGUCCGUUGAACGCUGGAGAUUUAAGGACUUGGUCUCGCUGCAACGGUUCCUGUUAUCUCGUGACUUCGCAAGCGUCACUUACGCCACCACCAGUUGAGUGCUUCGUUUUGCGGCGGCCAAAAGUGCUUCAGUAAAUGUGUUCAUGACGAAAGUCCGUAGAUAAAGGUUCCACCGACGUUGUUCCAGAUAGUAUUCAUUCGUUGAUUUAAUUGAUUUGCGUAUGCACCGUUUCCGUUCCGCCGUGCGGUAAUUGCUCAGAGCAGAGAGGAAUCUCAGUAGUAUCGCUGUCGUCCUUGCUUCGUCGAAAAACACGUGCGCGUUCCAGAUUCAAACGCCAGCCGAAAAGCCGGGCAUCGCUGGUUCUGUUUAGUCGCUGUAUCGGCCCUCGCUCCUCAGUGGAUCUAUCUAGAUAGCUCGUCCAAGUUGCAUCCUGUUGAACCAUUUUGCUCCUGUGGAUACUCUACAGUCACGAAUAGCUAAGAAAGGUGCGGUAGUUUGCAAACAACAACGUAGAGACAAAAGAUAAGCGCAAUGGCUCUAAUAAUGAAAUACAUAGACAGUAUGCAGAGAUAUAUGGAUUCACAUGGUGAUCCUCGAACAAAGGAUUUUCCAUUCAUGUCAUCACCAUUUCCAACAUUAGCAGUAUGUUUAAGCUAUGUGUAUAUAGUUAAGGUGUUAGGACCUCGAUUAAUGGAAAAUCGGAAACCAUUCCAUUUACAAAAUACGCUCAUAGUAUAUAAUUUUUCACAAGUAAUUUUUAGUGCAUGGUUGUUUUAUGAGAUCGCUCUUUCCGGUUGGCUUACGGGCCAUUAUAACUUCCGCUGUCAGCCUGUUGACUAUAGUAAUCACCCUAAAACGUUAAGGAUGGUAAACGCAUGUUGGUGGUAUUAUUUCUCCAAGUUCACUGAAUUUAUGGACACGCUUUUCUUUGUGCUGAGAAAGAAAACUAGUCAAGUGUCGACUUUACAUGUUAUACAUCAUGGUUGUAUGCCAAUGUCGGUUUGGUUUGGAGUUAAAUUCACACCAGGUGGUCACAGUACAUUCUUCGGUUUAUUGAAUACAUUUGUGCAUAUUGUUAUGUAUACAUACUAUUUAUUCGCUGCAAUGGGCCCACAAUACCAGAAAUUCUUGUGGUGGAAGAAAUAUCUUACAGCUUUGCAAAUGGUACAAUUUGUUUUAAUCAUGGUACAUGCAUUCCAAUUAUUGUUCAUUGAAUGCAAUUAUCCACGUGCAUUUGUUUGGUGGAUCGGUAUGCACGCCGUUAUGUUCUUCUUCUUAUUCAACGAAUUCUACAAAUCAGCUUACAGAACAGAUAAGGAAAGGAGAGAGAGAGCUUUGGCUGCAGCACGGGCAAACGGUCAUUGCAAUGGUACUUCUGCCAUCACCAAUGGCAAAGUUUCAUCAAAUGACACAACGAAAGACACACAACACACAAACGGUACAGCCAAUGGUCAAUUGUUGGAGAACAAUUCAUCAUCGGAGGAGGCCCGGCUAAUUACAUCUACCGCAACCAAGGCAGCCGACUACUACGUACGGGGUGAACUACCGACGGAAAUAACACAGAGGAAAAUUCAAAAAUAAUAUUAAUUUAUUUUUUAUUUUAAUUAUAAUUAAUUAUUUUUUUUUUUUGUUUUUUAGUUGUACAAUUCUUAGAUUUACAUUGUAAAAAAAUAUAAUAAAAUAACGGAGGAGAGAAAUUUAUAAAAAAAAAUAUAAGAAACAAACCAACAAAAUAAAAAAAUCCAUAGGUACAGAGUUGUAAAUUAUUUUGUAUAAGAUGAAAACAUGGCAAUAAGGCAGCUUUGUGUUCAAAUUCAGAUGACAUUCAGAAAAGAAAAAUUAAAAUUCGACAACUUACAA